AUGGUCUCCCAACCUCAACCCUCCGAUCGCCCACUCGUCCACCGGCCCGCCUCCGUCUCUUCUCGAAGCACCAACACGCGCCGCCACCGCACUACGCGCUCGCAUACGGGAGGCGUCUCAUACAGGCCACAGAAUGAGUUCCCAAAUUUCGCGCAGACAGGAGAUGUCGAGAUAAUCAUUAAUGCCGAUGGUCAAGAAAAACGGUAUAUGCUACAUCGACUGAUAUUGGCGCAAUGCUCUGGGUUUUUCGAGACAGGGACGAGCGAGGAGUGGUCAAAAGCGCAGGCGCGUGGGCAGACCCCUGGUCAACGGCCCAGCAACUCGCUGGGAAGGAUCCGUGAAGACGACGUACCUGGGAGGUCUUCAUAUUCAGGAGGAGGUCGUCUGCAAUGGAGGUACGAGCUGGACUGGGGAAACAAAGACGACGAAGUGCCUAUGCUGGUCCAGAAGCAACCUCAAUCUACACUUUUCGGCGGCGACGCCAACCAGCCCCCACCUGUACCACACAAACCUCCGCCUCCAGCGUACGGAUUCCUCCGCUCCAUGUCCAACUUCUCCGCCAUGCAAUCUGCCUCCCAUAUUUCAAAAGCCAACCCCCACACCCCAGACAGCGACAUCGUGCGCGAUUACGACAACCUCUUCCGCAUCUUCUACAACUACGCACCCGCUCUCGACGCGGUCAAUAUUGCGGAAUCAUACAUACAAUGCAAGUCCCUUCUCACCCUUGCGGACAUGUACGACGCUUUAGAAGUCGUGGGUCCGCGCAUAGAUCACCACUUGCUACAAUUUCAAGGCCGGCUAUGGAAACAGAUUGCCAAGUAUCCACCUAGCUACCUCAAACUCGGAUACCUGGCGCGCUCAAAAGUCAUCUUCGCAGAAGCGCUCGUGCAUGUGGUGGGCCAGUGGCCUUCGGGAUCCAGCCAGCUCAAACAUACGGUGCCGCCGGAUGUGCUUGAGGUGAUAGAAGACAAAGUCGACGACUUGCAGGAAAGGAAGAUGAAAACCGAAGCCCGGCUUUUCCGCCUCACGUUGACAACGCCCAAAGGAGAACGCGUGACGCCUUCGAAUGCUUAUAUGGACUGGCUUGCUCUGUCGCUUUUUCGACAAUGGCUUGCUGAAAAUACUACGCCGCCUCCACCACCUAUACCCAAGACACCGGAAGCGCAACAACGAGCAGCGUAUUCUCAGCCACCGCCGCUCAGCUCCGGGAACUUAUUCCGCUUGCUCGGUACGGGUGGGUCUGGCUAUCUUGCUCGGGACGAGAUGAAGCGGUUUGUGAGGUUACGACCUGAUGAUCAUCAAAGAGAUACCCUGAAGAAAUUUGAGAAAAAGAUGGACGAGAUCAAAGCGAUGGCGCGGGAGAUCGUAAGGCCCUUGAUGAGAAAUUGUCUAGAGUUGGAUAUGGGAAGGGAUGGAGGUGGCUUGGGAUAUCUGACGUGCACCAGAGUUGACGAAGACGAUUUCCCAUUCUGA